UCAAAAACCAAUACUGCAACUUUUUUAGUAAUUAUUUUGCCACUAGGUUAAAGUGGAUUCAAUAGAAAUAUACUUCAUAGUCUCUUUUUGAGUAGAUCAUGAUAGUGAAUAGAGGUCAAGUUAGCGCACUUGUCAAAUUCAGUGUCAGAUCAUCGAGAUUGAGUCUUCGGUUUGCAUCUAGAUCGAUUGAGUCAGAAAGAUUUAUAACGAAGUUUAGUCCAUUACCGAUCAACAGCUUUAAUCAGUUUGAAAGAUUAAUUUUAUCUGAAAAGUCCGGGGAUUCAAAAGAAACAACCGAAACUUCAGAGGAAGACAGUAUAAUAAACGAGGAAAAGGAAUCAGAAGAAAAGAAAGAUUCCGAUUCGGAAAUUGUACCGGACGAUGACAAAAAUGAAAGUUCAACUAUAACUGAAGAGAAUAAUUCAGUACCAAUUGCUACAGGAAGUUCUGGAGCUCAAAUUGGUGUACCACCGGGUGGUAAUGGAAAUGGCAAUAAUAAUGGUGGUAAAGGGAAAGGUGAUGAUGAUGACAUAUCUGGAGCCAGAGAAAAACUUGAUCCUGAUACCGGUUUAUAUCCGCCAUUGCUAGCAAUACCUAUGAAGGAUCGUCCUCCUCUUCCUGGUCGUCCAUUUGCAAUCAACUUAACAGAUAGUGCCGUUAUAAAUUCUAUUUAUACCAUUGAAGGUAGAGGUGAAGCCAACUUUGUUUUAUUCCAUGUGAAAGAUCAAAAUGAACCGGAUGCGGACGUGAUCCAGAGUAAGGCUUCUGUACAUAAUAUAGGUGUACACUGUCACAUUUUAAAACAUUCUACACCAAAGCCAGGAAUUUUCAAUUUAGUUGGUUUCCCUCUUGAAAGAUGUAAGUUGGAAGAACUUAGUACACCAAAAACUAGAAAAUCUAAGGAUAAUAAAGAUGACUCACUUAAUUCUUUCCACCUUAAUAAUUUCAAAGUUUCCUAUGCUACUGUAAGACCAGUUAAAGAUGAACCAUAUGAUCCUGAAUCAACAGACAUUAAAUCUUUAGUGGAUUCCCUCAAGGCUCUUUUGGGUAAAUUAGGAGGAAAAAAUCCACUCCAAAAAUUGCAAAUCAAGGAAGGUACACUCUUAGUGAAUGAUCCAUCAAAGUUUGCUGAUUUCGUUGGUUCAACAAUUCAUGGUAAUCCAAAACAAAUCCAAGAAUUAUUAGAAGCAUUGAACAUUGAGACAAGACUUCAAAAGGCACUUGAGUUAUUAAAGGUUGAACUAAAGGCUAGUACCUUGAAAGAGACAACAAUUCAUAAUUUAAGCGCAAAAGCUGACGAAUAUCAAACAAGACUUUUUAUUAAGGAGUUUAUUAAGGAGCUUCAAAAGAGAACUGGGAUUGUCGAGUCUGAAUACAAAAAGACUUCAAAAUUUGAUGAAAGAUUGAAGACUUUAAAGUUAACUGAAGAGGCGUUAGAAGCAUAUAAUACCGAAAAAGCAAAGAUGGAGAGCCUGAAUGAUCAUUCUAGUGAACUUGGUGUUAGUGAAAGAUAUUUAGAUUGGUUGACUUCCAUUCCAUGGGGAAUUUAUUCCAAAGAUAGAUUUAAUAUCAAGGAAGCUAGAAAAAUAUUAGAUAGAGAUCAUUAUGGUUUAAAAGAUGUCAAGGAGAGAAUUCUUGAAUUCAUUUCACAAGGUAGAGUUUCCGGAAAAGUAGAUGGUAAGAUUUUAUGUUUAGCUGGACCACCAGGUACAGGUAAGACAUCGAUUGCUAAAUCUAUCGCCGAAGCUUUAGACCGUAAAUAUGUUAGAAUUGCUAUGGGUGGUAUCCAAGACGUUCAUGAAGUGAAGGGUCAUAGAAGAACCUAUGUUGGUUCAAUUCCAGGGAGAAUCAUCCAUGCUUUGAAACAAGCAAAAACUUCUAACCCGCUUAUGUUGAUUGAUGAAAUAGAUAAACUUGAUUUGAGUCGUUCUGGUGGUGCUGCUUCGGCAUUCUUAGAGAUCUUAGAUCCAGAACAAAAUAAUGCGUUCGUCGAUAAUUAUAUCGAUGUUAAAGUCGAUCUUUCUAAGGUUUUAUUUGUUUGUACUGCCAACUAUUUAGGUAAUAUCCCUCCGCCCUUAAGAGAUCGUAUGGAAAUUAUUGAUGUUUCAGGUUAUACUAAUAAUGAAAAAAUUGAAAUUGCCAAAAGACAUCUUAUUCCAGAUGCUAGCAAAAAGGCUGGUUUAGAAGAUGGAAAGGUUGUAAUUGAUUCGGAAACAAUUUCUCGUUUAAUCGAAAAGUAUUGCAGAGAAAGUGGGUUAAGAAAUAUCAAGAAACUUAUUUCAAGAAUUUUCAGUAAGGCCUCCUUGAAAAUUGUGGAAGAGGUUGAAGAAAGACAAGAGCAAAUUGAGAAAUUAGAGGCUGCAAAGGAAAAGCCUGCAGAGACUGUCGCAGCAGAAACAACCGUUCCUCCUUCGAGUGAGUCUAAGGUCGAAAGUGAAGAAGCUAGUACUAGUGCCCCUGCCACUGCCCCUGAAGGUGACAAGGAACAACCUGCUGUUGAAGCAGAAACAGAAGAAGAGGAACAUUCCAAAUUAGUUAUUCCAGAAGACAUAGUUCUCACAAUUUCUCCAUCUAAUUUAAAGGAUUAUGUUGGACCAGAAAUCUAUACUAGAGAUAGAGUUUAUGAUGUUCCACCACCAGGUGUUGCGACAGGUCUUUCAUACAGUACAUCUGGUAAUGGUGAUGCGCUUUAUAUAGAAUCUAUAUUAACUCAUUCCAUUAGUUCUGGUUCUGGUCAUGCCAGCAUGCACGUUACUGGUAGCUUGAAAGAUGUGAUGAAAGAAUCUGCAUCCAUUGCAUAUUCAUUUGCAAAACUGUACAUGGUGAAGUCAUUCCCUGACAACAGAUUCUUUGAAGCUGCUGAAAUCCAUGUUCAUUGUCCAGAUGGAGCUAUUCCAAAGGAUGGUCCAUCAGCAGGUAUUUCUUUCACCUCAUCAUUGGUAUCUCUUGCUUUGAAUAAAUCGUUACCACCAACUGUUGCUAUGACCGGAGAAAUCACAGUUACAGGUAGAGUAUUGGCCGUUGGUGGAUUAAGAGAAAAAAUUUUGGGAGCUAAGAGAUAUGGAUGUAAUACCAUAAUUUUCCCUAAGGACAUUGAAAAUGAGUUGGAAGAAAUUCCAGAAGAAGUUAAAGAAGGAGUUACAUUCAUUCCAGUUGAAUGGUACCAAGAAGUUUUUGAUAAGAUAUUCCCAGAUGUCACCCCAGAAUACGGAAACAGUGUCUGGAAGGAAGAAUUUGUUAAGUUGGAAGAAAAGAAAAACAAGAAUCAAAAUUCUAAAAAAUAAGCCAACUUCUAAGGAAGCAUAAUUUGCAUUAUCUAUA